AUGGCAUGCACGGGUGCUAAGUGUGGUGGUGAUGUAGUCCAGAAGAUCAAGGUCAAGAACCCAAUUGUUGAAUUGGAUGGAGAUGAGAUGACCCGGAUCAUCUGGGACAUGAUCAAGCAGAAGUUCAUCCACCCAUACCUUGACAUUGACCUCAAAUACUACGAUCUUGGACUCGAGUACCGUGACCAGACCGAUGAUAAGGUUACCACUGAUGCCGCUGAGGCCAUCUUGAAGUACCAAGUCGGUGUCAAGUGUGCCACCAUCACUCCCGAUGAGGCCCGUGUUGAGGAGUUCAAGUUGAAGAAGAUGUGGCUCAGCCCCAACGGAACCAUCCGUAACAUUCUCGGUGGUACCGUCUUCCGUGAGCCCAUUGUCAUCCCCCGUAUCCCCCGUCUCGUCCAGGGAUGGAAGGAGCCCAUCAUCAUCGGUCGUCACGCCCACGGUGACCAGUACCGUGCCAAGGACCUCGUCGUCCCCGGCCCUGGAACCCUCGAGCUCGUAUACACCCCGGUUGGUGGUGAGCCCGAGCGCAUCAAGGUCUUCGACUACAAGUCCGGCGGUGUCGGCCUCGCCAUGUACAACACUGACGAGUCCAUUGAGGGCUUCGCCCACGCCUCGUUCAAGCUCGCCAUCCAGAAGAAGCUCCCGCUGUACAUGAGCACCAAGAACACCAUCCUCAAGAAGUACGACGGAAGGUUCAAGGACAUCUUCCAGCAGAUCUACGACACCACAUACAAGGCCGAGUUCGAGGCCGCAAAGAUCUGGUACGAGCACCGUCUCAUCGACGACAUGGUCGCCCAGAUGAUCAAAUCCGAGGGCGGCUACAUCAUCGCCAUGAAGAACUACGACGGUGACGUCCAGUCCGACAUUGUUGCCCAGGGCUUCGGAUCUCUCGGUCUCAUGACCUCGGUCCUCAUCACCCCCGACGGUAAGACUUUCGAGUCUGAGGCCGCCCACGGAACUGUCACUCGCCACUACAGGGAGUACCAGAAGGGCAAGGAGACCUCCACUAACCCCAUUGCAUCGAUCUUUGCCUGGACCCGUGGUUUGAUCCAGAGAGGACAGCUCGAUGGAACCCCCGAGGUUGUGGCCUUCGCGGAGGCCGUUGAGAAGGCGGUUGUUGACACUGUUGACAUUGACGGUAUCAUGACCAAGGAUUUGGCCCUGGCCUGUGGACGCAAGGACCGUGAAGCGUGGGUUACUACUAAUGAGUACAUGGAUGCCGUCGAGAAGAGGUUGAAGAACUCUUUGAAGGAGAAGUUGUAA